UUCUUCUGGCCAAACCUGAUGGAGGAUAUAAAAUGGUACUUAAGGACAUGCAAUGAAUGCCAACAACAACAGAUGAGACACAUAGUUAUUCUGCCCAUGGUACAGACUCUGCAACCACUAUUCUUUCAGGCUCACUGUGACAUGAUGUUCAUGCCGCCCUCAAAAAGAAUGAGGUACAUUCUGCAAGCUCAGUGUUUGCUCAUGCAUUGGCUGGGGGACAUGAUCUGCCAGAAGGAAACAGCCAAGGUCAUAGAGGACUUCAUCCACAAGAACAUCCUCUGUUGUUGGGGUGCUAUCAGCAAAAUUGUCAUGGAUAAUGGUUCUCCCUGGAUCAGUGCUAUGAAUGCCCUAAAGGAAAAGUACCACUUGAACCACAUUUGA